AUGGGUGACUGCCAGGCUGUCGAGUUGGCUCAGACUUGUCACCUUUGCUUGGCAUGGCGUGAAGGUGCUCUCACUCCCUCGUCGACUUUGACAUUGGCUGGGCCGCCUCCUCGUGUAUCCUGCUUUGGGGGAAUAGUGAUUGACGACUUUGUGUGCGGGCAGAAGGUGAGCCGAUCUUCUGCUAGGUCCUCUCCGAGUGAUGGUGCCCAGGCCGCGGCUCGCCUGUCUGAUGCAUAUGUUCGUGAAGGGCUCAUCCCACAUACUGGAAAGGCCUUUCGAGACCAGAUCAAGGCGACCUUCUGGGGUACUGACAUCGACGGGGAGGCAGGCAUUGUCCGGGGUUCCCUUCAGCGAGCGAUACCCCUCAUGUACGUCAUCCUCCGUGUUCUUAGUGUUCGUGCAGCAACCCCACAUUUGCUCCAGGUGAUUGCCGGUUCACUGGUCUCCAUUUUCAUCUACAGGAGGAGGCUCCUAUCUCUGCUCAAUCAGAUUUUUGCCGUGGUGCAGCAUCUUGAGGCUGAUGAGGUGGUCCACAUUGGUCCCGAACUCCAGACAGAGCUUAUGAUGUGUGCCGUUCUCCUGCCCCUUGCCGCUACGAACAUUCGGGCUUUGGUUCUGCCUCAGGUCUGCGCCACUGAUGCCUCUGGAUGGGGCGAAGCGGAGGUGAGCUGCGAGAUUCCUUUAGCAUUGGCCCGUGAAGCAGUUCGUCAUUCUCUGAGAAAGUCCGCUUGGGUCAGAUUGCUCACCCCGACACAGGCUCUUGCUCGGCUUCAUGAUGAUCUCGAUCCCGAGGCUGAGCUUCCUGGAGACCAUAGCUUCGCCAUGCAUCCGCUUUGGGAGGUGCUCCUUAGAUUCCCGAAGUACAAGCUGCGGUGGAAGGCACAGAGCGAACGACUUCGGCAUAUUAAUGUGUCCGAGCUCAGGGCUUCCUCAGGUCAGAGCGGCGACAAGGUUUGCAACACCCUGAAAGCCGUGGGCUCAGAGCUUCAGACAGCCAGGAUUGCCGACACAUGGUCGCUUUGCAUCGACAUUGCCCAAGACCCCAAACUUGACCUUCUCGCUGCGGAGCUUCGAGAAAAGCUUGAAUUCUUGAUUUCAGCUAAAGUCUUCUUUGCUGUCGGUGCUGCUCCGGUUUGUGGUUCAUUCUCAAUCGCCGUGACUCCGGCGGUGCGUGACAUCACUUGUCCUCAAGGAAAGCCCAACAUCAGUGAGAACAUGCAGAGGAAGGUUGAGAUCGGAAAUUCGUUCUCCCGAUGGCUCGUUCGCGUUGCCGUCCUGUGCCUCAACCUUGACCUGGCCUUUUGGGUUGAGAAUCCUGACAGAUCAUGGUUGUGGCGACAACCGGAAUGGCAUGACCUGCUGCUUGACAGCCGCACUGGGUUCUGGAAGGUCACCUUCUGCUCCUUUGGCGCUCCUUGGAAAAAGCCGACUAAGGUGCUCACCAACACGUCACCAACGAGCGCAUCGGUGAAGCUUCCCUUCCUGGACCCCGAGCCCGUCGCGGACAGCAGAUCUCCUCGUGAAUUUCCUCUGGACCAAGUUCAGUUGGUGACUGUACAGACAGAUCGGCUACAGAGCCAAAUCUGGCUGAGGUUUGAGGGCUGGGUCAAGGAGGGCACAAGCGCGGCUGCGGCGGCGACUUUGGUUUCAGUACCCUUUGUCCUGUGCUGGUUAGUCGCUGAGUUUGGGCGGCUUCUGUACUCAAACGGGGAGUCGCUCUACCUCUUCAGGCACUUGAUCUUGGCCAUGCUCAAGCACUCUCCGUUGACCAGGCAACAUGCGCAUGUAUGCUGGACUCUAGUCACAAAGUGGGAGCUGGUCGAGCCUCUGAGGCAUCGAUCCCCGCUUCCAGAGGUACUCUUGAAGGCAAUG